CUGGAUCGUCCCUGGCACCUGCACCUACCAUGGCGUCCGGCUGCAAAAUCGGCCCGUCCAUCCUCAACAGCGACUUGGCCUGCUUGGGGGCCGAGUGUUCCCGGAUGCUGGAUUCCGGGGCCGAUUAUCUGCAUCUGGAUGUGCCUUGGCUUAUUCUCUUUCAUUACCUCAUACACCAUUAGAACUUGGAUCCCUUCUCUGCAGGCAUUUUGUUCCCAAUAUCACCUUUGGUCACCCUGUGGUAGAAAGCCUUCGAAAGCAGCUAGGCCAAGACCCUUUCUUUGACAUGCACAUGAUGGUUUCCAGACCUGAACAGUGGGUAAAGCCAAUGGCUGUCGCAGGAGCAAAUCAAUAUACCUUUCAUCUGGAAGCUACUGAGAACCCUGGAGCACUGAUUAAAGACAUUCGAGAGAAUGGGAUGAAAGUUGGUCUUGCUAUUAAACCUGGCACUACAGUUGAGUAUUUGGCACCGUGGGCCAAUCAGAUAGAUAUGGCCUUAGUCAUGACAGUGGAACCUGGGUUUGGAGGGCAAAAGUUCAUGGAAGAUAUGAUGCCAAAGGUUCAUUGGUUGAGGACCCAGUUCCCUUCUCUGGAUAUUGAGGUAGAUGGUGGAGUAGGUCCUGACACAAUUCACAAAUGUGCCGAGGCAGGGGCUAAUAUGAUUGUGUCUGGUAGUGCCAUCAUGAGGAGUGAAGACCCCAGAUCUGUCAUUAAUCUCUUGAGGAAUGUUUGUUCAGAAGCAGCUCAGAAACGCUCUCUGGAUAGAUGAAGUUUCCAGGCAGCUUUACUCCUCAUGCCCAGUCCACCUUCUCCUAGACCAGCUUACUCAGCCUCAUUUUCACCUGGUGCACAAGAACACAAGCUCAAGAAUCAUGCUGCUGCUGUGGAGGUGGCACCGCUGUCUGUCCUGAGCAGUUUGUCUUCAUUUUCUUGACUUCAACAUAGACAUAGAUGUGCUGAGAGUGGAAAUGCCUAUAGGUUUUUAAGAGUGGGAAUUAAAUUUUCAUGUGGCAAAAAACACACCGUUUUUAGUGGAAGACUUGAUUUUUGUAAAAGGAAUAUAUUAUGAUGCCUUGUCCUGAGGUUAAAAAGCCAAAUUACAUCUCAAAGGCAGAAGAAAAAAAAUGGCAGCUGCUAACUUAAAAAGGACUGAAAUGGGUAAUACUGCUACUCCUAGAGAACUCUCAAAUGUUUGUGCAUCAUUAUAAAAAGGUUUGCUCUUUAGCUUUCUUUAGGAAAAACACAGUUAUCCUUUUGUUUGUGUCAUCAGUUGAUUUUUUUGCAUAUAUUGUUUAUGACUGGGCUUGGUUUCUUGGGAGAAAAUUCCAAGCUCCAUGCUUUUAGUGGAAUGAGAUGAUUCCUUUUAAAAUUCUUUCUCCCUUCCCAUUCCCCCUUCCAGGCACCCCCUUCAUGCUUAUCUUGCCCAUAGUUACUAACAACCCUACUUGAUGUUUUCCCUAGUUGACCAAAUUAUACAAACCAUUCCUCUUUGUCUUCUUUCACUUUCCUCAGUAUCCUACUUUGGAACUAAACUUACAAGACGACUGAAGAUGAUACUGUUUACAAGAGUUUAUUUUUUAUAUAUAUUAAAAAAGACAUUUAUUUCAGGUUAUUGUCUGCCUAUAGCAAAAUAUGUGCAAUACUUGUUGGACAGAAGCCUACGUGUCUCUUUCUCCAGAUCAGAGAUUCAGAAGUAUGGCCUCAGAGGAUCCUUCAGGUGGCUGGAUCCAAAAAUACAAGAGUAAGACCUAGCUUUCUUGAGGACUGUCCUCAGCUAGUCACAAGGAAAAAGCUAAUGGAGACUGUUCUAAAUGACUUUAAUCAACCACUUCUUUAUAGAAUUUAUAAUUUGGUCAUGCUAGUGCCAGCUUGGGUAAGGAACAAUCUCAUUUCGCUCUGCACCCUACAACAUCCUUACAUCUUAACAGAGCACUCAGGUACUUCUUGCAUCCUGCAUCUGAUUUAAUUCAUCUAACACUUAAAGGAAGUGGAACAGUUAACUGUCUCCAGUUUACAGCUGAGGAAACUAAAGCACAGAAGCGCUAAGUUAAGGCAACAGACAGUGGUACUUGUGCAGGGAUCUAGAGUUAGGAUUCGGGGUCAACUUACAUUACUUGUAUGAUGUUGACCUCCAAGUCCUCUUCCAGGGUCUUUCACAGCCUUAACUAUGGACUUAGGUCCUUGGAAGAGUAUGUCUGACAUGGUUGUGUUCUUUCCCCUCUAAAGAAGGUGGUGGUAAUGAUGUUGUGGAUCACUAAUCAGAGGUUUAGUUUAUAACUGCUGUGCUUAAUCAGAUAUUUAGAUAAUAGCUGUAAUAACUACUUCAAGUAAACCGGAGCAGCUGAACUUUAAUUAUCCUCAGGUUGAUGUGAAUUUUUAUGGCUUUCAUUAAGGUAUAUUUACUGUAAACAUUUGAUGUUUGUUGAAUGAAUGAAUGAAUAGGGUGUGGGGCCUAGCGUAUAAGGUGUGUGCAACAUAUAAGGUAUGUAGUUUUUUGUUUUAAAAUAGGACUCUUAUCUUGCUUUGUUUUGGGAAGCAGGAAAAGGAAGAUUUUGAAACAAAGGACAAAACUUCACAAAGUAAACUAUUGAAAAUUAAAUUGUACUACCAAGUA